AUGCUGGUGCGGGGGGUGCACGGGGGGGCGAACUUCGACAAUCGUUGUCAGAGAAGACCAAGGCUCUGGCUGCAAAGUGCCAUGCCUUCAGGUCGCCGGCGCGCGACCAUCGUGGAACCGAGCGCCGUCGCACCAGGAUUCGCAAGUCACAGACGAGGUGGUACGUCAAGGUUAGUUGCGAUCCCGGGUAUUCAGCCAUAUACUAGCGUCUGA